UAUAGCAAAGGCGAAAAUUGUGACGAAUUCUUAAAGCGAUAGCGAGAAGUAUGUCUAUGAACAAAGUUGUUUGCUCAAAUGGGCGGCUUACUCUUCAUGGAGACUAGUAAGUAAACUUAAUCACAAUUAAACUUGGGCGCUAGUCUGUUUUAGUGAUGGAUUUUGGACAAUAUACGUUGUCUUUUAUCAGUGUGAUAUACCAUCAAGAUGGCGUCGAGUUUGCUCUGGAAGGCGGUGAAAUCCCUGGUUAUUUGAAAGGCUCAAAGAAAGGAAAUAUCUUCAUUACCAUUCAGAAAGUAAGUUCUAAAAGAUCAUAUAUUUGACUUAUUUUACAUACACAGCUAUCCAUCAUAGGGGACUUACUUAACAACCGAUUUUGAUUAAUGCAACUGUUUGAAACAUGUACGUACUGUCAAGUUUCGCAAUGGUGAUUGCAAGCGGGUAGUCGUAAGCUUGCUGGCUUAAGUAUAAUCUACAUACUGGCUGAACUCAUUAUUUGUUAUUUGUUUAAAUAGAGCCUGAAAAUUAGCAAACCUCGUUGCACUAAGUUAUUAAGGUAUUCAGUCGAUGUUGUUGAUAAUCAAUCUCAAUCGAUAUCGAUCAAUACUAGAUGUUAAUAUAUAUCACACAUAUGAAUAGUUCUUUUAGCGUAUGCUGAUUGGCCAGUUCGGAACUAUUUACCUCCACGCAGCUAAUGAGACAAAGUCUCUGUUCAAGAGUUCAAUUCUGACCAUUUUCAGUUUAUUGAAAGAAAUACACUUUACACUCAUGGGGUGAUGAGGUGUUUUUGUUGUUGGGUUUUGGUACUUUUUAAAUCAACUCUUUCCUUUGCUGUUUGUAUUUACAUAGUGUUAUCAUCUUUCAGAUCAUAUUUGCCCCUACAACUGGAUGCAAUUAUGGUUCAUUUUCAAUGAAUUUCCAUAGUAUUCGAAAUGUGGAGGUUAGCUUUUCUGGAUACUAUUCUUGUUAUUUUAUGAUGAAAAAGUCAUAACAUGGUAAUUUUAAAAUAUUUUAGAUAGCAUCAAUCUCCAUGACAACACAGAGGUACUCAUUGAGUUUUUUAGCUCAAUCUUCUUUGUCUUUUCUGAGAUUUACUCAUUUCAGUAUGUGCUUAUCUGGAAACAUAAAAAAAUGUAUUUUUACAGAAGGCUUAAUGAAGCUCUCAAACAACUAAUGCUCUGUUAAAUACUUUUAAGGUCAAGCAACCCAUGUUUGGUGCAAAUUUUGUGAAGGGGGAUGUAAUUUCUGAGACAGAUGGUAAGUAAAGAGUAACCUGUUCAAAAUCAUACUCAAAAACAGCUAAACAGUCAAACUUAGGGAAGUGUUGGGGUAAAACAAGCUCUUUUUGGUAGAUAAUUGAGUUACCAGCUUCAAAGUAUGGAAGAUACUUGAAGUUCUACCUCAAUUUUGUCCUGAAAUUUUUCUUAUUUCUUUUCAGGUGGUUGGCAUGGUAGAGGAACUUUCAAAGUAACCUUCAAUAGUGGUGGAGCUAUAGAAUUUGCUGAACACUUCAGAGUUGCUGUUGCUAGUGGUGAGUUAAUUAAUUAUACAAGGUUUCAAUAGAACCUGUUCAUUGGUGGUCAACUACCACUCAAACAAUGAGUUUGAUAAAACUUACUUGAUAAAAAUUGUAGAAAAAUUUCUUUACCGAGGCAGAGUAUAUAUAUUUUAUGGGUGUAAAAUUUUUAUGAAAAUGCAUGUUUAUUUUACUGAACUACAAGUAAAUGUUUCUGUAGUCCGUAGGCCUGGGUCUCACCCUCCACCACAGGCACCUGGGCAGCCAGUGAUGAUGAAUGGAGGCAACAUCUACAACAAUAUGUACCCAGCUCAAUCUGGCUAUUAUGGAGCCCCUGGGCAGGCAUUUUACCCACCUCCGCAACCUGCAGGAUAUGCUGUCUAUCCACCUCCAGGUACAGUCUUGUUACUGUUUGUCCUAUAUAGAAAUUUAAACCAUAACUAUUUUUUAGUUUUGGUGCUUAGAAUUGAAUGACAUGGCUACCUUUUAAAAAUAAGAAACUCAGUCUACAUGUAAUUAGAUAUUCCAACAGGGCUGUACAGGGAUUGAGAAGAAAUUCUUCACUAUCAUUUUUCCAAGCCAGUAAGUCUUUGAAUUUGGUUUGAAUGUGGGUAAUGAAAAUUUAUGGAAAUUACUGCGAUAAAUCUCCUGAAAACUACAUUGCCCAAAAAAAUGAUUGAGUGAUUAACAUAAAAAAUAAGUCCUGAAAAAGAUCAUAAAAAGUUGUUGAAUUUUCUAACUGUUGGGCCUUCAGUGUCAAUUCAAAUAUUUAGUUGGAGUGUAAUUUUAGCAUCUUUCAGGGCCAUGACUCAAAUGGGACAAAAUUUGAACCAUUUUUUCAAGUGUGGCAUGUGUGAUGCAAAAAACUGAUUUUAUUAAACAAAAAUUGUUUGUGUGCUACAGAUGUGUUCUCCCUUUGUGAAAAUCUUUCUGUGACAGCAAAUUCCAAGAUUUCUUGGUUUAAGGUUACUCCCUACCUUUGGAGGCCAAGGAAAUAGUUUUUCUUUUAUUUCAUUCAACAGAAUUCAAACAUUUAACCUAACAUUCCCAUUAAAAAAAUUCUGAAAUCUUUAAAAGCACCAGAGUUAUUUAGAAAAAUGUAUUUUCAAAUAAAAGUUAAUGAAUCAGGAAGGUGUCAUAAUCUUGUACCUGAAAAAUUUUUGCUCAUGAAAAAGUUAAAAGUGAAAGAAAGUCCAGUUAAAAAAAAAAAAAAAGAAAGAAAAGAAAAAAACAGGCCCAAAGAAGAGAGAAAGAGUACCAUUCUGUAAUGAAAAGAAAAAUCCAUGGUGAAAGUGACUGGUACUGGCAGAACUCCAUGCUGGUGUCCAGAUUUGAACAAAGAAGUCCCUGUCAAACCUUAAUUUGUCAAACAUAAUGUAAGAAACUAGGUUUCUUUUUAUUUAUGCAAGUACUCACUGUGAUACAAAGCAUUUACAAUCGCCCUGAAUUGUAAUUUUGAAAGCUGCGUGUUGAUUUGUUGUCUUGCUUCUCAGUGCAUUUCUGGUUUUCCAUUUUUGCCAUAGGUUUUUCCUUUGUCUUAGGCAACUUUACCCCCUUUUGUAUUGUCCUCCUCAAUGCUCCACUGAACAAUUAAGAUAAAAAAGACCUGUCUGCAAUGGUUUACUUCUCCCAGGAAAUCUUGAUCCAUCAUCAUUGAUGUCAGAAGGUCCCGUUAUCCCAUUGGUUUGCAGUUUCAGGGGGGGCUAGAUAAUCUCCUGGGGUGGCAUGAGUUGUUCGCGAGCCUUUUUGAGCUAAAAUCUUGUAUUUGAUUUUGGGACCAAUACAUCUGCUUUGAGUGAAUUUAUUCGGUUUUUAGAUUUGACCAAUUUUGGUCAUAUUUUGCCAGAACAUUCCAGGAACAAUGACAAAUUAAAGGGUGUUGGGAAAUAUUGAUAUUUGAAAUAUUUUUCCUGUGGCAUCCAUUUAUGCAAAAUGCCUGGCAUAUUUUUAGCUACACCUACUUAAGAUACCAAUAUCUAAACAACCAAUCAGAAUAUUAAAAAAGCUAGACACCCUUCUGUUGAUUGAUACCUGGUGAUUAAGACUGCAGCCAUUUUGCUUGUACUAUGGUCUCUAACACCCAAAUCGCUCGGCUUAUAGGUGAAUAAAUACGGUAAAUUCAAUAAAAGAACCCACGGUCAUUUCACACUUUACUGGCUCCUGAUACUUCCUUAAAGGAAAACUCGCUUAAAAUAUAUAUAUAUUGUAAACUGUAGUUAUUAGCCUUUCUUCAGAUAUUAUGUGUGUGAGGAUUUUACUGAAACUAACGCAUAUACAAAUUUUCUCCCAAAGGGCACCUGCAAAGGUGUUAAAGUGGUUUAUAACAGCUGUAUUUUUUGUGAGAGAGAACCAUAUCAACCCAAACACCUGAUUGCCAAAAGCAGCUCUUUUUCUCUGUGACAGGAUAGGGGUUACACUCAGAGGGGUUAUUCAUGACUAGUUUUGCAAUAAAGUUAGGAUUUACAGCACUGUAGCUCUACGUGCAGUGGUGGAUCCUUAAGCAAAAGGAAGGGAUAUCUUAUGUGGUCUCCAAGAAUUUGGUUCAGCCACAGUAUUUUGUAUUUUCCUCUUCUUUUGAGACAUCUCUAUCAUACAGGGUAGCUAUACAAUAACUAAAAUAAAAUGGAGUCCCAGGUUUCUUGUUACGGACAUGUUACCCAUACAGAAAUGUGACAAGCCACAUUCUAAUUCUGACUUACUUUUAUUUUAGGUGGUGUAAUGGGUCAGCCACCACCAUACCAGCCUCAUGUAAGUUUCUGUUUCUGUGAGGCUUUAAUCAGACUUUAAUUCAAGAAUAAUGACAGCUACUUUUAUUAUUUAGCUAUAUCUUUAACAGCUUUAUGAGAUUACUGAAUCAUUGCAAUGCAGUGAGACUUGGACACAAUAAACCCUUGACGACUGAAUUUGGAAUUUUCCAGCACUCCUAGAUGUAAUCUUAACAAGACCUAGCAAGCCUAUCUCCUUCCCAAAAGUUGCUAUCAUUCAAACUUGUUAUUUAAGCUUGAAGUUAAUCACUGUUUGACUUUUCUUCAGGAAAAUCCCCCACCAUACCCAGGACAGGCUCCACCCUCUGCACCCCCUCCUACUGAUGGCAGUUUUAACUAUUCAUUUGGAGGUUAGUGGUCUCUGAGUCUGAAUAGCUUCUCUGCUAGGAGUUGAUUCAAAUGUAAUUGGAUACAGUAUUCACAUGUACAUUUAUACUUGCCCCUGAAUAAUUUCAACAUUUUUCCAAACAUGUUCAUGUCUUAAGAAAGCCCCACAAUAAAUAAAAAUCAGCAUAUUAAGAGGGAAAUCAGAAGGCAUCAAGUGGUGCAGAUCUGGAUUUGUGUGAAAAUAGUGGCAGAUCAAUGGAUUUGGCCAUCACUUGGCAUGUAUCACUAGAUUUUUGAAAUAUGCUCUUUCAUUUAGUUCCCUAGACUUUAUUUUGGGGUAAAUAAUACAAUGUAUGUACUAUGGGGUGGAAAUUUGUUUCUUUUGAAGAUCUAAAUUUUUGCAGCAGCCUCGGUUUGUAGUCUCACAAAUUGCCUUUGCUUCUGUAAAACAAGUUUUGGAACUUUUGCAGUGUGUGUUUCCAAGAGAAUACAAACUGGAGGAAGGGAUUGGAAGGUACCUUAUUGGGCCAUGUCAAUAUACCCCUGUACAACUCUGUACCAGCAGAGUAACAAGUGUGGUGUUAAUUUUGGGUGCUUUCCAUGAAGUCCCAUCAAAUCUACUACAGAGCCGUUUUCUCGUCACUUACUUUUGUGUGAAUUUUUUUUAUCUUCAGUCAUUGUCUGAUUGCAUUAAUAUACAGUAUAAUAUACAGUAUUUAUAGAGCGCUAAUUCCCAAUGGUCCAAAAGCGAAUUAAGUGGUAUGCUUUGUGUAAAUAGAGAAAAUAGUGACAUAACCUGUGUUGUACAUAUUAUGAUACCUUUAACAGAUGCAAAAGCAAGAGAGGUUUACAGCACUGGACAAAACGUAUAUGUACCAGCCCCUCAGGUAUGUGAAGUGAGGAUAACCUCUUGAAUAUCGGAAAAUUCCUCAUUUUUAUUUCACACAAAAACAAAAAAGGAAGGCAAUCUAUCGAUAAAUCUCUAUCUGUUGGGUAGCGUAGUACGUUUUGUUAACACUUAUCCGCUGGGUGGCGAAGUAUCCGUUAGAUGGCUUAUACCAAACUUUGAACAACUGUGCGCUGGCUAGCAACUUAGGUAUAUAUAUUUUUCUUUUUUUAUAGCCUCCACCUCCCUAUGCCCCACCCCCUUAUACUGACAAGAAGAAUGAUUAACUGAAGAUAAUGCAAUCAUGGAACAGAAUAUGCGAUGAAGUCCAAUAAAGUAAUUUAAGUUUUGAUGGUAAGAACCACAGGUCAUGACCCAGCCACUCACGAGGAUCGUGCAACUGUAAUUUAUGUUAAUCAUCAUUCUAAUUGAUAAAUGAAUUCUUCUGAAUUUGCUAAAUACUGUAGAAAUGAAUGAGGUAGUCAGAUUGUUGAUCGAUAAGGUAUAUAGUCUAAUAAGGUAAAUAGUCCGAAGUACUUUAAUCUAGUCUUUAGGGAAAUUUAUCCUUAUUAUCAUAAAAGGUAAAUAAAAAGUGACAACAUACAAUGUAAAAGAGUGAUGCAAAGGAGCGCUUUUGACUGUCGUAAAACCUGGAUCAGAGUACGUGGUCACAUUAGCUAAUCGGAAUAAAGGAAAAUGACAAAAAAACUCAAAUUUAAUAACAUUUUAUAUACAGUACUUCAAGCACAGGAAAGCGCGAGUGAUUAUGUCUUUGUUGGCUUUAGCUUGAAUCACUUUGGCUGAGAUGGUGGUGUGAGUUUUUGAGAUUGUCACUCUACUCCUGUCUCCAAGUACAGUUUUUGCUUGUUGUAGUGAUUACGAUUGUUAGGUAAAAGGAAUACAGGUAUCACUAGUUCGCAGCGUUCGGAGAGGUUUAUCACUUUUGAGAUCCCAGGAGACUGUGGUGCAGCACUUAAAUGACACAGUUAUGAAUGGUGUUUGAAAGAGAGAGUAGAGAACUUACUUGAAUUUCUUGACUUGGGUAAAUUCCACAUUAGAAGAUUAAAUGUUGAGGUUUUUAACCUUUUGAUUUCAAGCUUAAUUAGCAGGUAGUGGUUGCCAAGUUUAUGUAGAUUGCUAUUUGCCCGUGAAGCAAUAAUCACAUUGAGUUGAAGAAACUGACGAAGAAGCUUCUGAUAGGAAAAAUACUUAAUAUUUUGGUUGAAGUCUUCGUAAUUUUUUUUUGUCAGUUUUCAAUGGCUGUAAGAUUUUUCCCGUCUGGCUUGUAAAAUGAAACACUUCCUCUAUUGUUUGUUUAGUUUAUAGAUGUCGGUUUCUGAAUUAACCUGGCGCAAUACCCUCAUACACAAUUUAAUACCUUGAACAAUAUCAGAGUCGUGAGCUCACCGAAGCACAAACCAACCCAAACUUCCCCGUGGUUUCGACACGAGAAAUGUGAACAUUUCUUCUUUGCAAGAAAAAGUGCUCCUGAAACCGGAUGAUUUUUGUCUCCACAAUUAAAAGGUAUGCA